AUGGCUACCAAGGAAACCACCCCCCGCGCUUCUCGCAGCAACUCGGUUGCCCUCCGCACCACGGAAGAUGUCAACGCCAUCGAAGCCCCAGUCACCUGGAAGGCCUAUCUCAUCUGUGCUUUCGCUUCCUUCGGUGGUAUCUUCUUCGGAUACGACUCCGGUUACAUCAACGGUGUCAAUGGCUCCUCCAUCUUCAUCCAUGCCGUGGAGGGCCCGGACGCAACAAAAUUGUCCUCCUCUCACCAGUCUCUCAUCGUCUCCAUCCUCUCCGCCGGUACUUUCUUCGGUGCCAUCAUCGCCGGUGACCUCGCAGACAUGUUCGGUCGCAAAUGGAUCAUCAUCAUGGGUUGCAUUAUAUACACCAUCGGUGUGGUCAUUCAGAUGAUCACUGGCAUUGGUGAUGCUCUUGGUGUCAUCGUCGCUGGUCGUCUCAUUGCCGGUCUCGGUGUCGGCUUUGAGUCUGCAAUCGUCAUUCUGUACAUGAGCGAAAUCUGCCCACGAAAGGUUCGAGGUGCCCUCGUUGCCGGUUACCAAUUCUGCAUCACCAUCGGUAUCAUGUUGGCUUCCAUCGUCGUCUACGCCACCGAGAAGCGAUCAGACACUGGAGCUUACAGAAUCCCCAUUGCCAUCCAAUUCGCCUGGGCCAUCAUCCUCGGCGGUGGUCUUCUCUUCCUCCCAGACUCUCCCCGAUACUUUGUCAAGAAGGGUAGACUUGAAGAUGCGACCAUUGCUCUCUCCAAGCUCCGUGGACAACCACGCGAGUCCGAGUACAUCCAAGUCGAGUUGUCCGAAAUUGUUGCCAAUGAAGAGUACGAGCGCGCGUUGAUCCCCGAUGCUGGUUGGCUCCAGAGCUGGAUGAACUGCUUCAAGGGCGGCCUCUGGAAUGGAAAGUCCAAUCUGCGCCGCACCAUUCUUGGUACCUCGCUUCAGAUGAUGCAACAGUGGACCGGUGUCAACUUUAUCUUCUACUACUCCACACCUUUCCUGCAAUCCACUGGCGCCAUCAGCAACACCUUCUUGAUCUCCCUCAUCUUCACCUUGGUCAACGUCUGCUCCACUCCCAUCUCUUUCUACACCGUCGAGAAAUGGGGUCGUCGCACCAUCCUUCUCUGGGGUGCUCUCGGCAUGUUGAUCUGCCAGUUCCUUGUCGCCAUCAUCGGUGUCACCGUCGGGUUCAACCACACUCACCCAGAUCCGGAUGAUGCCACCAAGAGUCUGGCCAACAACAUUUCCGCCGUCAAUGCUCAAAUUGCCUUUAUUGCAAUCUUCAUCUUCUUCUUCGCUUCUACCUGGGGUCCUGGUGCCUGGAUUGUUAUCGGCGAGAUCUUCCCUCUUCCAAUCCGUUCUCGCGGUGUUGGUCUCUCCACUGCGUCCAACUGGUUGUGGAACACCAUUAUUGCUGUCAUCACUCCAUACAUGGUCGGAGAAGAGCAUGGAAACUUGAAGUCGUCCGUCUUCUUCAUCUGGGGCGGUCUUUGCACUGCUGCAUUCGUCUACACUUACUUCCUCGUCCCUGAGACCAAGGGUCUGACUCUGGAACAAGUUGACAAGAUGUUCGAGGAGACCACUCCGCGUACCUCUGCCAAGUGGAAGCCAACCAAGACUUUUGCCUCCACCCUUGCCAGAGAUGGUAUCUUGGAGAAGGAAAUCAUUGAGGCUACUGAGCGACGUGGAUCUGCUUUUUAA